AGUGGAGGAGCAGCUGACUGGUCUCUCUGGCCUCAAGGAGUCUAUCAUUGCUACAAAUAGCAACAUCACUGAAGCUGAAGAGAAAGUGAUGAAUGCUUUGAAUAUGUCUAAAGUCAUUAAAGAGAAAGUGGUAAUUCAAGAACAGCGACAGGAGAAGAUCAUCGAGGAGUUAGACACUGAGGUGGUUCGGCGCUUGGAUGAUAUCAGAGGAAUGAUGGACAGAGCACAUGUCUUGCUCAAACACACCUCCCUUGUCAUGAAAUUUGAUGGCAAAACUACCAGCUCACCAUUACCCCCACGGGCUGUCCAGAGGCAGACCAGGGCUCUCAACUUCCUCAUGUAUUUGAAGCCAGAAAAGCCUGAUGGACUGAUACUGUUCAUGGGAGAUGCUGGAAACUCAAACAGAUACCGUCUGAAACGUCAGUCACGAGAGUGCAGUUCAGCGGACUUCAUAGCUGUGGAGUUACAAGCUGCCAGACCUCAUCUCAAGAUGUGUACUUCAGGAUUUUAUCUUGAUGUGGAUACUAAUCAAGAUAUUGCGACUGAUAGUGACCGCUGGUAUAAGCUUGAAGCUGGCCUGACGGGAAAUUCAGCAAAGCUUUCAGUCGAGUUCUUUGAUCAAAACAAAAUAAAACAGACCAUCACAAAUGACAGACUUUUGGCACAGGAUAUACGUAACCCCAAAAUCAUCCUUAACAAGGAUAGUGAUCUUGUUGUUGGUGGAGUUCCCUCGAAGAUGGAGCUGCCAUCUGAAGUCGUUGCAGCUAAUUACACAGGAUGUUUUGAUGGCCUUCAAGUCAAUAAUCACUUUGUUGGAUCGUGGAAUUCAGAUCCUCUUACGAAACCUGCGAAAGAUGAAUUCUGUUACUCGCGAAGCGGAAAUACAGAGUUUGCAGCGGACGAUAGAGACCCAAGUAGAACAUUUUUUGGUACAGGAUUCGUCAAAUCAGGUCCUUAUGGAAUUGAUCCCAUGGGAGAGAUAGACUUCAAAUUUACAACGACCUCGUCAAAUGGAAUCUUAGUCAUUGUUAUUGAUGAUGAAGACACUUCACGAUUUCAAGCCAUGGAAUUAUCUAAUGGACAUGUAGUUUUCUCUUACAAUAUGGGUCAUGGAUACAAAAGAGUGGCUUCUAAAAAGGUCUACGACACCGGACACGAGGUCACUAUAGUAAAGAAAGCUACCGAUCUUCGCGGUUAUAGCUUUACUUUCAAGAUUUCUUCCAAGGGAGUCGAAGAGGUGCUUGCAAAUGAAAUGCCUUUCUAUGACAGAAAAGUUCCAAAAUUUGUGACUGCUGAUUAUGUCUACUGGGGAGGCAUCGAAAACAGAACCACAAUUCCUGCGCAAGUAACUAAAAUGUUUUUCAAAGGGUGUCUUACAAGUUUGAAUUUAUUCCCUGGUGGUAUCAAGUUACUGGCAUCUCCAGGCUUCAUUGUGGGAUGUCAAGUUAAGGCAGCGCACAAUGUCACAUUCCUAGAGGAUGGCAGUUACCUUUCUAUAGACCCUUUCCUGGACAGCCCGAAGAAAAGUUUUACUAUUGGAUUGUCGUUCAGAGUUGUUCCUGAGACGAAAAAUGGGCUCAUUUUUCUUGAGGCUCACAGUGAAGGGAAAGAUUUUAUCGCUCUGGGCCUGAUAGAUGGGAAAGUGACACUUUUAGCCAAUGCGGGAAGCACUCCUUUGACAUUAAAGACUGACAAUCGAUUCAAUGACGGCGAGUGGCACUUUGUGUCCAUUCAUUUGGAUGGUACAUCGUUUGAUCUUGACGUUGAUGACGUAAGAGUGUCUGGUAAAUUUCAAGACAAGAUGCCUCGAUAUAUUCAGACGACACAGGAUAUGUACCUUGGAGGUAUUCCUGCUGGCUUCAUAGACACUGUUAGGAAUAGAGACUUUGACACUGUUUUCCUCGCCUCUCUGAAAGACGGAUCCAUCAGAGACUUGACGUUCGAAGACAAAUCUGGCACUAGACUGUACAACUUUAUGAAUUACAAGGCAAGAAAUAAGGUGAUAUUCGAUAACGAUGAUUAUUCAGAACAGACACCUAAAAACCUUAUCAUAGAGGCGCCCACAGUACCAAAACCUGGAGAUCUCCAAUCCACACCGAAAUCUGUUACAACCAGCGAACAACCAAGCAGUAUUCCUGAGAUUACUACCAAGCCCAGUACAACUGAGAAAGUCACCACUACCCUCUCCCCAACAACAACCCCUCCCACCACCACACAGCCUCCAGUUUGUGCAAUGCCUGAGAAACCAGCACAGCAAGCUGGAGCAAUAGGAUUUGGUUAUGACCUCAACAGUCACGUGAUGUAUACUAUUACUCAAGCUAGCGUGCUGUCCAAGUUAAUUAGCAAAAAGACUAGAUUACGUUUUGAAUUCCGUGCAUCAAAUCCGAAUGGCAUCUUGUUAUACACGGGGACGUCUGACUUUAUAGAGUGUCAUUUGGAGGAAGGCAGAGUGUCAUGUAGCUUUACAGCUGGUGGUGGAAUCCUGAGUCUCACAUCGCCUCAAGAUUCCUACAGUGAUGGAAAGUGGCACAGUGUACGGUUUAUGCGCAAGGAAGUCGACGGUACGCUUUAUGUAGAUGAUGAAAAGGUCGCCACAGGACAAGCUCCUGGUAGCCCUACAGUCAUAAAUGCACUAAAAGAGCUCUUCUUGGGCGGAACACCUGAAAAAUUUGAUGCUAAACGUGUCCCGUCUGGUUCUCGAGUAAGUUUACCAGGAUGCAUCAGGAAUGUGACAGUCAACACUCUUGACAUUGGUCCCCCAACUAAUUCCUUCAAGACCGAAGAUUGUUACCGAGACAGUCCUUCUUCUGGGGUCAGCUUCGAAAAUGGUGGUGGCUUCCUACAAGUUGCUGAAGGAUACACAGUGGGACAAGAGGAAAUCAUCAUGCUGGAAAUUAAACCAACAUCACACACUGGUGUUCUGUUGUCUUCGUCAAGUGCCAAAGGAGACUACAUCGUGUUAGAGAUGAUUCGUGGCAAUAUCUUCUUCCGUGCGGAGAAUGGUGGAGGUCAGUUAGUGGUGGAAUAUACUGCUGAUAACCCACUGGAGCUGUGCGAUGGACAGUGGCACACAAUUAAAGCAACUAAAGAUAAGACUGUGGUCCAACUGCAAGUUGAUGGUGGCCCCAUACAGACAGGAGGUGGCAAAGGCUCUCAGAAGGACGCUAAUAUCUACGAUCCUCUUUAUGUUGGAGGGCUUCCAGAGGGUGAGGUCGGCAAGGGCGUGACAGCCUCUGAACCGUUCACAGGGUGUAUACGUAAUUUGCAGUCCAUGGACCCAGGAGGGAAAUCGAAAAGUCUGUAUCUGACUAAGCCUAUUGACAUGGCUGGCAAUGUGUACCUUGGAGGAUGCCCUUACAACUGAACGAGAGUGUACUUGCUUCAUUUAAGUCUCAAUUUCUUGAACUAUAUUUUGAAUACAGACUUUGUGA